AUGGCUUAUGGGUAUGAACAACAAGGCCCGCCGGGCGUGCAAAAGCAGUUUGUGCUAUGCUUUGACGGUACGGGAAACAAAUUCGCCGGCGACGAGUCAGAUAGCAAUGUGCUCAAGAUCUUUCGCAUGCUUGACCGCAGCAAAAGCCACCAGUAUCAUUACUACCAGCCGGGCAUUGGCACAUAUGUGACUUCAAAGUCGCUGAGUAGCCAUGGCCGAAUCCAGCGUAUCAAGUCCGCCUAUCUAAAGGCCAAGGACUCGGCUGUCGGGUGUUCCUUUGCCGAGCAUGUCAUGGGCGGCUACAAGUUCUUGAUGCGGUAUUAUUCCCCUGGCGAUGAGAUCUACUUCAUCGGCUUUAGUCGUGGUGCAUACAUCGCGCGAUUUCUGGCGGAGAUGUUGGACUUUAUCGGUUUACUCGAAGCAGGAAACGAGGAGCUGGUCCGGUUUGCGUGGAAGACGUUUGCCAAGUGGCAGCAGCGGUCCUACGACUCGGCAGACGAGCGAAAAGAGAAGGAGAAGCUCUUCAAAUUCAUGAAGGCCUUCCGGGAGACGUUCAGUCGCCCUAUCUCGCGUAUCCGUUUCAUGGGGCUCUUCGACACCGUCAACAGUGUGCCGCGCUUCGAGUCCGCGUGGAUGCAGCGUACCAAGUUUCCUUACACAGCACGCAGCUCGGCCAGGGUUAUUCGCCAUGCUGUGGGUAUUGACGAGCGCCGCGCGAAAUUCCGUCAAGAUCUAAUCUCUGAGGUGCGUCCAAAGGAGAAGAAGAAACACCACCACGGCCGCCCCCAUAUGCCCAAGAACCAUCUGCACCUCUUCCACCAUGAGGACAAAGAGAAGCCUCAGGAGGAUCUCCCAGACAACGUUCCUGCCAUUCAGGUCAACGGCAACCCCGAGGAAGAACAGCAGGAAGGAGAGAAGGCCAAGCCUGGAUUCAACGUCCCCAACCAUGGGCCCAGUGCUGGAGAGACAUACUACCACGCUGGGCGUCGUGCCUCGCCCCAAGCUUCGCAACCGACCUCCCGCGCUGGUAGCGCAAACGGGAGAAUGCAGCCUGGCGCGUAUCGCGCACGCUCUCCCCGACGCAGGCUCGCAGUGCCGGACGAUUCCCGCUCAGUGCGAAGCAUAGAGUCCUGCCACAGCCUGCACUCCAACACCCUCUCAGUGCAAAUUCCCGUAGCGGAGGCCGAUGAAAGCGAUGACGAAGAGGCGCAAGACAUCCACGAAGUCUGGUUCCCGGGCUGCCACGCAGACAUCGGCGGUGGAUGGAAGCUCUCCCACGGCGAGACAUGGGCGCUCAGUCACGCGCCGCUUGUGUGGAUGACACAGGAAGCGCAAAAGGCCGGACUCGAGCUGGAUGAAGGCAAGAUGAAGCAUUUCCAGUGUCUAGAGGAGUUUGAUGGUGAUUAUAGUCCCAUCCGGGAAGAGAUCAAUACCCAGCGGCCGACUCGGUGCGUUGAGCCUCAUGCCGACAACAACGAUGCUUUCCGCCUCAUGCCUAAUGACAAGGAGCGCUCUGCUGCGAGUUACGACUUCUGGCAUGCGCUGCGUGAAUCCAGUACGAAGGGCGUGCUGCACGACUGCCUGAUGUUCAAUCAGGGUAUUCCGGCUAUGUCGGUUAUCACGUGGCGCAUUAUGGAAUGGUUGCCGUUCCGUCGUAUGGAUCUGCAGCCGGAUGGGUCGUGGAAGCCGAUUAGUUGGCCGUUGCCUCGUGGUGAGGUGCGGGAUAUUCCGGAUAAUGCUGAAUUCCACGUUUCUGCUAUCCGGCGUAUGGAGGCGGAUCCCAAAUACCGUCCUGGUAAUGCGAUUGUUGGUGGUGGCGGUCGUGGUAUGCGUGUGGCACCAGGGCGGUAUGGUAAGGGUGACUGGGUGGUGUUUAAGCAUGAAGGUGAUUUGGUGCGGGAGACUUAUGUCCGCCAGGACAGCUUAAACAAGGACAGCUCAAAGUGCAAGGAGGGUGAGAAGAAGACGAACUCUUGA